AUGGUCAGGGCGAGAGAUGGGGAAAGUAGGUCUGGCGAGACCGACACGGGCAUGUCCAGGUUGGCUUUAUCUGAUGGUGAUCGAGAAGCUCGCAAUUGGUUUGUGGCAACUACAGAAUCCCUUGGUUGUAGCACUACGGUUGAUUCGAUGGGUAAUAUAUUUGCGGUAAAGAAAGGCAAGUAUAAAGGGCCCCCAACAGUGGUAGGAUCACACCUGGACACUCAACCCACUGGGGGACGAUAUGAUGGAAUUUUGGGAGUCUGUGCCGGAGUCGAAAUGCUCAGAGUUUUACACGAGGAGAAAAUCGAAACCCGUUUUCCCGUGGGUGUGAUCAACUGGACCAAUGUGGCUUGCAGCGAAGAGGGAGCGAGGUUCCCCAUCUCAAUGGUAUCAUCAGGUGUAUGGGCCGGCCAAAUUCCCCUCGAACAAGCCUACAGUCUUCAAGAAGUUGGAGGUGGGAAGCAGACCAUGAAACAGGAGCUCGAACGUAUUGGCUAUCUGGGUACAAUGGAAUCCAGCUUUAGCGCAAUGCCUAUCGCAGCAAGUAGCAUAGCACACUUUGAAUUGCAUAUCGAACAAGGUCCUCGUCUUGAGAGCCAAGAGCAGAAGAUUGGAGUGGUUCAUGGUGUCCAGGCCUACCGCUGGCACACUAUCCAGGUCAACGGCCGCGACUGCCAUACUGGCACAACAGAUUUUGCUAACAGGUCUGACGCGAUGCUCACGGCAGCAAAGAUGAUACUACACUCGCAUCGCCUCGCAACGAAGCACUCUUGUUUGGCAAGUACCGGCAUCUUAACCUUGAAACCUGGAAGCACGAACACUGUUCCAGGAUUUGUUCGUUUUUCACUUGACAUCCGAGCCGGUGAAGACGACCGCUUGAUGAUGCUGGAACACGAGCUCAAAGUUGAUUUUGAUAAGAUCGCAAAGAAUGAAGCAGUGGAUGAUUUGAGCGAGAGCGGAACUAUUGGCAGAGGGUGCACUGUGGAAUGGACUCUUGAUGCACCAAGUGAAGCCAUCGAAUUCGACGAAAAUUGCAUUCGUUGCGUGGACGAGAGCGCAAGAGAUCUUUUCGGAGAUGAAUAUGAGAAAUUCACCCAGGCAAUGAUUAGUGGGGCUGGGCAUGACAGUGUGUUUUGCAGUAAAGUGGCACCAACAUCCAUGAUCUUUGUACCAUGCCGCGAUGGAGUCUCACAUAAUCCGACCGAGUAUUGCUCGCCUACAGACUGCAUGAAUGGAGCGCAGGUUCUCAUGGGCGCUGUUUUGCGCUAUGAUGUGCUUAGAGCACAACGAAGUAGCAUGUGA